CUACCUGCAGCCUCCAAACCUCCACCAAGGGAAGCUGGGAGAGGUGACAACCCACGGAGCAUCAGCAAAGCAAUACGUCAGCAUCACCGCGAGCUUCAAAACUCGGCGCCUUAAAGACUGGGGAGGAAGUGGGCUCCGGUCCCAGCGCUAUGGCGGAGCCGCUGCAGCCCUGCGAUGUCCCCGCAGCACGGCAGGGACUGCGUGAUAACCACAACAACCUGCAGCGUGUGGCUGAGUAUUGCGAGAGCAACUACCUGCAGGCAAGCGACAAGAGGAAGGCUCUGGAGGAGACGAUGGCUUUCAGCACACAGUCCUUGGCCAGUGUGGCUUAUCAGGUCAGCAGCCUGGCCACCACCUUCCUGCAGCUGCUGGACCUGCAGGCAGCCGAGCUGCAAAAGCUGGAGGCCAAUGUCAGCUGUGUAGCCCAGAGCGUUGACAUGCACAAGGAGAAAGUAUCUCGUCGGGAGAUCGGCGCUUUGACCGUCAGUAAGAGGUUCCCAUCCCACCAGAAGAUCACAUCCCCCCCCAACCCACCCUCCCUAGAGCCCUACUACAGGAAACCCCUCAACUUCAGCAUCCUGGAUGACAUCGGUCACGGCAUAAAGGAUCACAGCACUCAGCUGUCCAGGACAGGCACACUGUCUCGGAAAGGGAUGAAGAUAACCACACAGUCUGCAGGCACCAUGGGGAGGAGCACUCGUGUCCCUGAGCCCAUCCAGCCCCCCGUGGUUCCCGAGGGAAAGCUCUCUGCAGCUUCAUCUGCUUCCUCACUGACAUCAAUCAGCUCAAGUGGAGGAGCCCCUGGGGAAGGCAUCCCAGCACCACCCCCACUCCCACCCCUCCCGGGACCACCACCCACCCCAGCUGCAGCCACCAUCCCACCCCCUCCACCUCUCCCUGGGGAUCUGCUCCCACCACCACCACCACCAGGGGACCUGGAUGUGCCCCCACCAGACUUCAGCCUUCCAGUCUCCAAUGACCCAGAGUCACCGCUGCCACCACCACCACCACUGCCCAACUUUGAGGAUUUCACCCCACCACCACCACCACCAGCUGCAGAGGAACCCUCAUGUGUCCCUGAGAGCUACUUGGAUAAAGUGCUGACCAUCUACCCGUACACACGACAGAAGGACAAUGAGCUCUCCUUCGAGCCUGGUGCCCUCAUCUAUGUCACACGGAGGUACUCUGAUGGAUGGUGUGAAGGCAUCAUGGGCGAGGAAGCAGGUUUCUUCCCUGGCAAUUAUGUAGAGCCCUUCUGAGCACCAGCAGCUCCCCGACCCCUCAUCGCCCACCCAGCUCAGCUGUGUCCAGGAGGUGAGGGCUCCACUUUGCCUUUGACUUCUGGCUUUGCACAGCUCAGCCCCUUUUUGCUGCAGCCAUGACAUGACCCCAUGCCACAUGCUGCUGCCUGCACCCCACACAUCCCCCUGCCUGCUCCCUGCACCUCAUCCCACCCUUUGUCAUUUUUUUUAAUGACACCAGCAAUUGAUGAUGAUGAUGAUGAUGCUGUGAAGGUUUAGCACUGAGGCAACUCCCUGGCCCUCAAGCUGUUGGAAAUGGGGGGGUGGGAAGCAAGCUCUGAAAUCCCUUGGGCUGGCCCUGGUGCUGCUCUUAGACCCCUAGGAUUGACAGCAGAGUAGGACCAAAGCUCAGAAAUCAUAAGCACGAAGAGGAGAGCAGCUCUGGGGCAAGGAACUGCUCCCAGCUGCUUGAGAGGAGGGUGAGCCAGGUCUAAGUCCUGUACCAAAGGGGCUCCUGUAGGUCAGGCCCAACCUGCAGAGCACUGCUCAUAACCCAAUCCCACUCUGCUGCUCCCCUGGUCAGCUCCCAAGGCUGCCUUCCUCCUCCUGCAGCCUGAGGAAAAGAAACACCACGUGUGUGCACUUCAGAGCCAUCUCACUUUCAGGUUUAUGUUCUGGAUACAAAUAACUUGUGUAUCUGUAAUAUAUAUAUAUCUAUAUACAUAUAUAUGUAUAUAUAUAUAUUUAAUUCCAUGGCUUUAAGUUCCACACAGUUAAACAGUGUCCAGAAGAGGAAGAACGAAGGAAAAAAAUGAAAUAAAGGAGGAUCAUCUCAGGGCUACUUUGGUUAUUUCCUUACUGCUCUGAUUUGUUACCAGGGUUCCUAUGCUUUGGAGUAGUUACAAGCCACUCUCAGGGGUCAUUUAAGGCUGUGGAUAAAUCCAGGAAGAGCCAACACCAGAGAGCAAAAUACUGCAAGCCCCCCUCUAUAGAGUGCAAUUAGAAUGGGCAGUUAACACUGUGGUGGGGUGAGAGGGUUUGGCCUCUGGGGAGCUGAUACCAGAAGUGCUAUAGUACCUCUAUCUGCAGCUGGGGGGGGGGGUGGAAUUUCAGCACCUCUGAACCAGGGCAGGCAGUCACAGGGCAGUCAAUGCAACCCAGCAAAGAUAUGAACAGUCUGCACUGGGGAUGAAUUGGGGGGCUGCUGCCCCAAGAGGGGAAGCAAUGGGGGAGGAAAAGGAAGGUGAAAUCAGGUCUUCUUCCUCAAGCAGGAUGUGGCCAUUCAGCCUCCCCCCCAAAAUAAAAUGGGGUGAGGGCAAUGGGAGCUAAAGGAUGUUGCUUUGUAUUACUUCAAGGUGUACCAACCUUCCAAAAGGUUUCCUUGAUUUCUCAUGACUUUUUUGUUGUUGUUUUUGUUCAGAAAAUAAAGUCUGAAGGGAUGAUAAA